UCCCUGGCUCCGCCUCCCGGAAGCUUCUCUGGGUUUUCGCUUGCAGGUCAGGGGUGAAAGGUGGGAGGGCUGCUCGGACCUUGGUGAAUAACUGCCGGGAGUUCGGCUCCCGGCCGGCGCAAGUUAGAACUCAGGAAAACAGCUAUCAUUUCGUGCCAAUAUGUCAGGAAUUGGAAAUAAAAGAGCAGCUGGAGAGCCUGGCACGUCUGUGCCUCCGGAGAAGAAAGCAGCUGUUGAAGAUUCAGGGACCACAGUGGAAACAAUUAAGCUUGGGGGUGUCUCUUCAACGGAGGAGUUAGACAUUCGAACACUGCAAACUAAAAAUCGCAAACUGGCAGAAAUGCUCGAUCAACGGCAGGCCAUCGAAGAUGAACUCCGUGAGCACAUUGAGAAACUGGAACGAAGACAGGCCACCGAUGAUGCCUCACUAUUGAUCGUUAACCGGUACUGGAGUCAGUUUGAUGAAAACAUCCGUAUCAUCCUUAAACGUUACGAUCUGGAGCAGGGUUUGGGAGACCUACUCACAGAAAGAAAAGCCCUCGUUGUGCCUGAGCCGGAACCAGACUCCGACAGCAAUCAGGAGCGGAAGGAUGACCGAGAGAGAGGGGAAGGGCAAGAGCCAGCUUUCUCUUUCCUUGCUACUUUGGCCAGCAGUUCCAGUGAAGAGAUGGAAUCUCAGCUGCAGGAGCGUGUGGAGUCCUCCCGCCGAGCUGUGUCCCAGAUUGUGACCGUCUAUGAUAAACUGCAAGAAAAAGUGGAGCUCUUAUCACGGAAGCUAAACAGUGGAGAUAACCUGACAGUGGAGGAAGCCGUGCAGGAGCUGAAUUCCUUCCUCGCACAAGAGAACAUGAGGCUACAGGAACUGACAGACCUCCUUCAGGAGAAGCAUCGCACCAUGUCUCAGGAGGUACUUGACCAGAAGGGAGAGAUGGAGGUUUCCAGUGGUCUGUGGCAGACAUGACUCAGAAUACUGAGUGCUUCAAUUGAUGACCUGCAGUGGGAUAUCGACAAAAUCCGAAAGAGGGAACAGCGGCUCAACCGACACUUAGCAGAAGUCCUGGAACGGGUGAAUUCAAAAGGUUACAAAGUAUAUGGUGCGGGGAGCAGUCUCUAUGGCGGCACAAUCACCAUCAACGCCCGGAAGUUUGAAGAAAUGAAUGCAGAGCUUGAGGAGAACAAAGAGUUGGCUCAGAACCGGCACUGUGAGCUGGAGAAACUUCGGCAAGACUUUGAGGAGGUCACUACACAAAAUGAAAAGUUGAAGGUGGAGUUGCGGAGUGCUGUGGAGGAAGUGGUCAAGGAGACCCCAGAAUACCGCUGCAUGCAGUCACAGUUCUCUGUCUUGUACAACGAGAGCCUCCAGUUGAAAGCACACUUGGAUGAGGCUCGGACCCUGCUUCAUGGCACCAGAGGGACCCACCAGCGCCAAGUUGAGCUCAUUGAGCGAGAUGAGGUUAGCCUCCAUAAGAAGCUGCGGACUGAAGUGAUCCAGCUAGAAGAUACGCUGGCCCAGGUCCGCAAGGAGUAUGAGAUGCUGAGGAUAGAAUUUGAGCAGACCCUGGCUGCCAAUGAACAAGCAGGCCCCAUAAAUCGGGAGAUGCGCCACCUCAUCAGUAGCCUCCAGAAUCACAAUCACCAGCUCAAAGGGGAGGUCCUCAGGUAUAAGCGGAAACUGAGAGAAGCCCAGUCUGAUCUGAACAAGACACGCCUGCGCAGUGGCAGUGCCCUCCUGCAGUCUCAGUCCAGUACUGAGGACCCGAAGGACGAGCCUGCAGAGCUAAAACAGGACCCCGAGGACUUACCCGCCCAGUCCACCCCUUUGAAGGCAUCUCAGGAGGAAGUCAACGAAAUGAAGUCCAAACGGGAUGAGGAAGAGCGAGAACGAGAAAGGAGGGAAAAAGAGAGGGAGCGAGAAAGAGAGCGGGAGAAGGAAAAGGAGAGAGAACGAGAGAAGCAGAAACUAAAAGAGUCAGAAAAAGAGAGAGAUUCUGCUAAGGAUAAAGAGAAAGGGAAACAUGAUGAUGGAAGGAAAAAGGAAGCAGAAGUUAUCAAACAACUGAAGAUUGAACUCAAGAAGGCGCAGGAGAGCCAGAAGGAGAUGAAACUACUGCUAGACAUGUACCGCUCUGCCCCAAAGGAGCAGAGAGACAAAGUUCAGCUCAUGGCCGCUGAGAAGAAGUCCAAGGCAGAGUUGGAAGAUUUAAGGCAAAGACUCAAGGAUCUAGAGGAUAAAGAGAAAAAAGAGAACAAGAAAAUGGCUGAUGAGGAUGCCUUGAGGAAGAUCCGGGCAGUAGAGGAGCAGAUAGAAUACUUGCAGAAGAAGCUGGCCAUGGCCAAGCAGGAGGAAGAAGCUCUCCUCUCUGAGAUGGACGUCACAGGUCAGGCCUUUGAGGACAUGCAAGAGCAAAAUAUCCGUUUGAUGCAGCAGUUGCGGGAGAAGGAUGAUGCAAAUUUCAAGCUCAUGUCAGAACGUAUCAAGUCCAAUCAGAUCCAUAAGUUGCUGAAAGAAGAGAAGGAGGAGCUGGCAGACCAGGUUUUGACUCUGAAGACUCAGGUUGAUGCCCAGUUACAAGUAGUGAGGAAACUGGAAGAGAAGGAGCAUCUGUUACAAAGCAACAUUGGCACAGGGGAGAAGGAGCUGGGUCUUAGGACUCAAGCCUUAGAGAUGAAUAAACGCAAGGCAAUGGAGGCAGCCCAGCUUGCAGAUGACCUCAAAGCACAGUUGGAGUUGGCUCAGAAGAAGCUACAUGAUUUUCAGGAUGAGAUCGUGGAGAACAGUGUCACCAAAGAAAAAGACAUGUUCAAUUUCAAACGAGCCCAGGAGGACAUCUCUAGACUUCGAAGGAAGCUGGAGACCACAAAGAAACCAGACAAUGUACCCAAAUGUGAUGAGAUUCUGAUGGAGGAGAUUAAGGAUUACAAGGCACGCCUCACCUGUCCGUGUUGCAACAUGCGUAAAAAGGACGCUGUACUUACCAAGUGUUUUCACGUUUUCUGCUUUGAGUGUGUGAAGACCCGCUAUGACACUCGCCAGCGCAAAUGUCCCAAGUGUAACGCUGCUUUUGGUGCCAAUGAUUUCCAUCGCAUCUAUAUUGGUUGAUCCAAGCCAGGAGAAGAAGAGGAGCUGGCUAGACAGGCACUUAGUCAUUAACCACCAAACCUCUACCUCUUCUCUCCUUGACUGUCACCUACAGGGCAGUUUGUCAACUCCCUUUCCUUCACAGACUUUAUAUCCAAGUUCUCUAAUACCUAGAUGACUUCAGGGGAAGGACUGGCAGUGCAAGUCUUGGGUUUUAGAAUGAAUUAGAAACAGUUUUUUAUUUGUCUUCCCUGCCAGCUUUGUUCAUUUCCUGCUUCUAGACUUUUUAGCAUCUUCAGGCUCACCAUAUAAUCUUGGACUGUCCAUUCUUCCUGAAGAAGUCAGAUUGGUAUUUUUGACACGGAAGGGAACAAAGAAGAGUGGAGACGCUUGGCUCUUUGCCAGGGGCGGUGAUCUUUUAGAAAUAAGCUACCUAUGGGCACAAACAGUACCUGAUUGGGGUGGUAAACUUUUUGUAAACUUGGAUUAUAAAAUGGUAUCAUUGUGCUAUUUUUUUCUGGAUGGUUUGAAGCCUUAAUGAAAUUCAUGUCCAGGAUGAUUCAAUCCAUUCCUACUCACUAGCAGAGUAACUUGUUAAGGUCAGCUGGCUUUCUUGUUAAAAGUUAUUUAAGUUUUGAAUGUUCUGCUCAUUGAUGUCUUUCAAUUUCUUGAGGCCAGAAUAAUUUCAAAUACUAUAGCCCAUUUUAUCUUAUAAUGAAAUCAAGAUUGAAGAGGAUGGGGCACAGGACUGAGAUGGGGAAGAGGUCUUCUGGGUACUCUGGGAACUCGAUAGAGGGAGGGCUUGGUGAGCUAUGAAUUAAUCUCAUCCACCUCUCCACAGGGGUUGUUGUGAAUCCUGUUUUCCAGAGGAUUCUCUGUAAUGUUUCUGUAGGGCUUUCUACGCCACAAGCUUCAAUUAAAGCAGGAUUCAUUUGGC